CUCUCUAACCUGAAGGUGCGAUUUAUCAGAACUCUUCAAACUGAAGGAUUAAACACGUAAACCUCGACGGAAAUUCAAACCUCGUAAAUGUUGUUUUCUUCCCUGAGAUACACUCUGUUAUCUGAAUUAUGGUAGGGAAUGUAAAGCUCAAGCAAUGUAGUAUAUUUUUCCUUGGAUGGAUAGCAUAUGGAUCUUUGUAUUUACUAAGAAAACCAGUCGGAAUCGUGAAGAGUGAUUUAGAAUCAGAUUUACACUUCUCCAAGUCCAAACUCGGGUGUCUAGACACUGCAUUCCUUCUACCAUAUGCUGUUAUACAGAUAUUUCUUGGUCAGCUUGGUGAACGAUUUGGAGCAGGAAAGACAUUUGGCAUCUGUAUGUGUCUCUCAGGCGUAUCUAUGGUGAUGUUUGGCCAAGUCAGUAAUUAUUAUGUGAUGCUCACCUUGCUCUUUCUGAGUGGAUCUUCCCAGUCAUUAUGCUGGCCUAAUGCUACGAAGGUGGUUGGUGCGUGGUUCUCAGAAACUGUAAGGAACUCGAUGUUUGGGGCGUAUGGAAUGUGUGGAUUUGCUGGAGGAUUAGCAGGAACAUCAAUAGCAGUUUACCUCCAAGUGCAUUAUGGCUGGAGAAGUAUGUUUUUCACACCAUCUAUAAUUGUGAUUGGUCUUGGUAUAUUAGUGACCUUAGUGUAUAGGCUCCCCAUGGAACAGGCUAAUUUAUGUUAUCUCACGGAAGACCCUUCAGCCACCACAGCAACUAAACAAUUAACAGAUCACACUCCACAACAAUACAGCUUUAUAACUCUGCUCAAAAUCAGUACAGUGAAGGAGGUGGCAUUUGGUGUCCUGUGUUUGAAGGUGGUGAGAUAUACCAUGUUUCUAUGGUUACCCAUGUAUCUGCUAAACCAGCUAAACUAUCCAAAAGAACAUGCAGGUCUGUUCUCUAUGGCAUUUGAGGUUGGAGGUCUAAUUGGUAGUCCCCUCAUAGGCAUCAUUCUAGAUAGAUAUUUCCAACACAACAGUCUUACUGGGGUGUCAUUAAGUAUAUUCCUGAGUGCAAUAAGUCUUAUUUUCUACUCAGUGACUUCCUCAUGGGGCAUGAUAUUCAAUACAGUAUUCAUGCUUCUAGCUGGAGCCUUUAACUGUGGACCUGAUUCAAUUCUCACUGGGUCUCAUCCAAACAAACUGUCAGCUAUGGUAGCAGGUACAGGUGGAGCAGCUAUAGCAGGUGUUGUAAAUGGUUUCGGAAGCUUAGGUACAGUUGUACAAGGACCAAUUAUAGGCUUUGUGUCAGAAUUGUAUGGCUUUCAAGCCAUGUUUUACAUCAUGAUAGGACUGUCGCUCACUGGUGCAUAUACUGUUUACACUGCUUCUCAACAACUACAACACCUGCAAAAUACAGCUGCAAAAUAUCACACAACAGUUCUAUGAUGCAUUGGGGCAUAUACUGUAUGCAAUAAACAAAUUGCAGUAAAACUUGUCUAAUCUGAAAGCCACAGGGACCAGCCGGAAGUAUUUGGAUUGGCAGGUGUUUGCAUGAUGAGGUUUUUUAACAUGGAGUUGCAUGGCAGAUUAAACAAUGGGAACAAAAAAUAUUCACAUUUAA